AUGGUACAACAGUCAGCAAUAUUUAAUUUACAAGGGCUUUUAUCAGUAUUUUUAUUGUUAAUUUGUACAUGUGCAUAUUUAAGAGGUUUAUUUCCUAGCAUAAUGGACCGUAAUAAAAAAGGGGCUCUUGGAAUUUUUUGGAAAUGUGCCAGAAUAGGUGAAAGAAAAUCUCCAUAUGUGGCAGUCUGUUGUUUUUCGAUGGCAUUUUAUAUUCUUUUUUGCAUGUAAUUAAAUUAAAUAUAUUUAUAAC